UAAACACGUGUAUCUAAGGCCUUAUACUGAAUCAAAAUACAAAGGAAAUAUACUUUUGUCGUUAAGUACAUAAACUGCUUUCAUUGUCAAAUAAAUCCCAAUAGAACCUUCACUACAAGUUUAUGGUUAAUUCUAUGUAAUAAAGUGUACUUUAACAGUGUGGUUGUAUAUACAUAAACUAAAAACAAUGUUUACUCCUCUAUGGUUUGUGAGCAUAAUGGCGCUCUUAGUAGUGAAUGUGAGGACUGGUUCUUUACAACAAAAAGAUAAGAAACCUCAACAGUGCUACUACUGCUCGCCCACCAACAACACAUGCGAUCAUCUUUCAUCUUUACAGAUUUACAAUUGUCCAGAAAAUCGACCAUACUGCGCCACCACUGCCGUCGCACCCAAUUUUACAUCGUCACUUCAAUGUGCUUCUCCAGCGGAGAUACCGUGUAAGUUAACGUAUUCGACGCAAGGACACGAAUUGCAAUGCAUUUGCACUGGACAUCUGUGCAACGCACCAUUUUCGUUAACAUUAUUAAAUACAUUACGUAAUUUUACUUCUUCGAGUGUACACGAGAAUAAAAGUGCUGAUCUUACAGAUAGCUUCUUUAAAAGGUAUAAUGUCACUAAUGUUACUGAUAAAAAAAUAUAUAAAAUGUUAACAAUGGAUCUGUCUGAAGAGACUGAAAUAACGGAACGUACUUCCCAAAAUAUAUCUCAGUUAACGACUGUUAGUGCUGUAACGACUAUGAACAUUGAUUUAAAAAACGAAAUAGACAUUCCUCAAGCUGCGGCUCGGAAGCAGGAAGCGGCAGCGCCUUCCGAUGAUGAUGAAGACGAGAGUGAAGGUAGCGGGUCCUAUGAUGAAUCGAAAUCCCAAAGACAUCCACCAUCGGCACCCGCAGCACCUAGCUCGUUUUUGCCAGCUAAAGACAGUAAUAAAUCGCCACCUCUUUACUGUAACCUAUAUCUAACAUCAUCAUUUUUUGUUUUCUUUAUAAUUAGAUUUUAAGUUAAAAUAGGAUAGGUAUAAAGUAUUUAUAACUAUUACUGCAAGUAGCUUAAAUGGAGAAAGUUAAUUGUCAGGGUUUCUACGAUCAAAUCCGGCAUAUACGAAUAUUUGAAAUUGGGUCAUUAUAUUUAUCACUUCCUUCAUGCUUGGGAGGGCUCGUAAAACGGCUGUCCUCCAUGUAAGAAACAGAGGACGCUCCACUCUGAUAAAGUAGUAAUAGUAGAGUAUAGCACAUUAUAUAUUAAGUAUAAUAAUUAAAACGAACAAUUUAUAAUUAGGAUUUAAAGUAGGACUGUCAGAGAAUUUAAAUCAAUAAAAUUGGUAGUGUUUACCUUUUGGGAACAAAUAUGUACAUUUUGUUAUUCCAUCUAAUUAAAUAAUAUAAGAAAUGAUAAUAAGCAUAUGUAUAAGUAACGCUGAGUAUAAAAUUAGAUUCGCUUGGUUUCUUUGGUUAUUAUUAGUAGUAAUCUAGAAUUAAAUUAGUUUGGUUAGAAAUUCAUUAUCGUACGCAAAGAUGAAGGUGUGAAUACAUAUAUACCUAAUUAAUCUUGAAAUAAAAAGCUAAAUCUUAAUAUGUGAAAUAUUAUUCCAUAAAUAUAUUAUUUCAAGUAUAAAAGUUAUAUUAUUUGUCUUUUUUUUACUACUCGAUAAUUUUUUUUUUAUUUAUAUAUACAUUUAGAUAUAUUAUAUAAAAGUGUGAUACUGAAAUUACGUGCCAAAUGUGUCGUUUUAAAUUCAAAUGUAAUAUCAACACCCAAAACAUUAUAUAGAAAUCUGUAUCCAUACUUUUACAUAUAUCAUUGACAUUCAACAUAAUUGUAUUGUAAAAACAAAUGAAGUGUGUAUGUUAAUAUUGUAAGUAAAUAAAAUAUUAAUAUUA